CAAUAACGCGAAAAAUAUCAAAUUGAAAGUUUGUGAGAGAAGCUGUGGCUUGUUUUACACGAUGGCGUUAAAAAUAUUUAUAUUUAGUGCAUUAUUUGUGUGCUUAACAACUUAUGUCUCCGGCCAGCGCACUCCAACGAUCUCCCACAUCACACAGGAGCAGAUCCGAGACAUCGGAGGACAAGUAGACUUGGACUGUUCCGUCCAUUAUGCCAACGAAUACCCUGUUAUAUGGGUAAAAUACGACCGCCUCAAGACAACAGAGUCGAUACCUCUGUCAAGCAACGCCGGUCUUAUCAUCAGGGAUUCCAGAUUCUCCCUGAGAUUCGACGAUGCUACCGCCACCUAUACUCUAUCGAUCAAGGACAUCCAAGAGAACGACGCGGGCUGGUAUCAGUGCCAAGUCCUCAUCUCCCUCAUGAACCGUAUCACUGCUGAGGUGGAACUCCAGGUCAGGCGGCCACCCAUCAUCUCUGACAACUCUACCAGGUCUAUUGUCGCUAGCGAGGGAGAGAGUGCUCAGAUGGAGUGCUACGCCGGUGGUUUCCCGCCGCCGAAGAUCACUUGGCGUAGGGAGAACAACGCCAUCUUGCCCACCGGUGGAUCCAUCUACAGAGGCAACGUGAUCAAAAUCCCGGCGGUGCAUAAGGAAGACCGCGGUACAUACUACUGCGUAGCCGAGAAUGGCGUUGGGAAAGGAGCCCGAAGGAACAUCAACUUGGAGAUCGAGUUCGCGCCCGUGGUUACCGUCCCACGCCCACGGUUGGGACAGGCUCUCCAAUACGAUAUGGACUUAGAAUGCCACGUGGAGGCCUAUCCUCCCCCGGCCAUUAUUUGGCUGAAAGAUGAAGUACAGUUGUCCAACAAUCAACACUACAGAAUCUCCCACUUCGCAACGGCCGAUGAGUUCACAGAUACCACAAUUCGCGUCAUCACCAUAGAGAAGAGACAGUAUGGCGUGUUCACGUGCAAGGCUCAAAACAAGUUGGGAUCUGACGAAGGGAAAGUGGAGUUAUUUGAAACGAUCAUACCUGUUUGCCCGCCCGCCUGUGGUCGGGCUAACUAUGGUGACGCAGCUUCAAUCGCUCCAUCGUCUGCCACCAUCGUAGCUCUAUUGGGGCUAUACACAGUUCAUUUAGCAAGAAGAAUCUUCAAUACCAGACAUUAACUACGCGGGUCUCCGUCGCGACCCAAACUACUCAGGUAGUUCUAAAACGACACAUAUCUCCACCAUAUCUGUACUGUUUUCUACCACUACACUUAUUUUUAACUGGUAACACCAUCGCAGAUGGUAGUUUUUGAAAAGUUCAAAAAGAUAAAAAUGUCUGCUUUUGUAAGAUAAAACUUAAGUAAUUUGUCGUAAUAUUUCAAGGUUUAGGAAUUUGAUUAUAUUGAUAUUUACACCAUGUAUAAUACGGACUAUUCCCACCUCUCGUUCCCACCGCUGCAACUCCUGUGUAACCAGGAUCUACAACUUGACCGCCAAUAACACAACCAAUGAAGGUCAAGUUUGUCCCGGGGGAAAGUUAAACUGUCGUUGGACCCGCAACGAAAUUAAUCAGAAGAAUAUACGAGGAGUUCGGAGUUAAGGUUCGACUUCCCUUCAGUGCAAAGCGGAUGACAGGUGACAAAGCAAAGGUACAUUAGACUACUAUACAUUGUGGUCGCGAAAUAAAUCAUCUUACUACUUAAGAUCCUGGCUACACCAGAGUGGCAGCUGUGGGAAUAACGAAGUAAAUAAUAAAGAAUAGAACAUGUCACCACUAAAAAAAAUCCUUCCAUUAACAUUAAUCUUAUCUCAAAGACUAAUAGUUCAGUAUUCAUUGACGAAAUUCGUCGAUUCGUUUCAUCUGUUGCUAACUGUGCAUGGGCGAUGGGGCAGCAAGGUUCUGGAAUGGAGGCCGCGUACCGUAAAACGCAGCGUGGGACGUCCACCCACAAGGUGGACCGACGACCUGAUAAAGGUAGCAGGAAGGCGCUGGAUGCAGGCCGCUACCAACCGUGGGAUGUAGAAGUCAUUGGGGGAGGCCUAUGUUCAGCAGUGGACGUCCUGUGGCUGAAAUGAUGAUGAUGUUGAACUGUACAUGGUAUAAAUCUCAAUGUAAUUUAUUAAAUUAAACUUAAGAACUUAGCUUUUGUAUUAGACUGCCGUAAUUAUAAAGUGUAAGGUCGAAAAGUACAAAUUUUAAACAAUAAAAAAGAUAUAAGUGUUGCCAGUGAAAAUAAUCCUUUUUCUACUUAAGAUUUUGAUACUAGAUUUUACGAUUCGUAAAGGCAGCAAUUUAAUGUAAUUUUAUUUAAAUUAUAUUUUGACUAUGUUUUCUUUUAAUUUUUAAGAUAAAGGGUCAUGUCACCUGUUUACGUCCACCGCCCUAUUUCUUUAAAAACUUGAAAAUACCGCCGCAUUAACAAAAACAAAUGCUUUUUACGUAUUUUACGUUGUAUUUAAAGAAUGAUCCGUCGCUUGGACGCAAAUAGGUGACAUGAACCUACUCUGCAAUAAACGUACACAAUUAAAAUACACAAAACGACUGAAUAAUGUAUUUUGCAUUUUUCUACUGAAUAUUUGUAUAAGUACUGCGGUACGUAGAAAUGUGGAUGUACCUUUAAUAAUUAUAUUGUCAACUUAAAUAAUGUUUGUUAAAGAGUAGUUUUAAGAAGACGUGUUUAUAAAAAUAUGCAUUUUCGGUAGUUGAUACCAAUAACCAAUAAUAAUUCUAAGACACAAUUGCUUUAAAAAACACUUAACAAUGAAAAUAAAGUUUUUUUUUUUCUUCAUUUAUAAAAAAAAGAUUAUUAGCAAUUUUUAUUGCACAAAUUAGUUACUAAGAGUCCCGUUAGCCCCUCGUGUUAAGCUAAAUAAGCUUGUCUUACGAGUUGGCUCACUACAAUGGUCUACUUAAUACUUUUCAAGUGACUGUAAAAUUCGCAAUUUUUGGUCAAUUUGAAAUCAAUUAACAGUGAAUUGAGUUCACGAACCAGUGACGUAAUACAUUACCAUAAUAUUUGAAAGAGGCGCGUUUUGAUCUAAAAAAGUAUAUCAUUUGACUGUGUGAAAAGUGGUACAGCUACCCUAUUAAAUAAUAAUAAUAAAUACACUUUAUGGCACACCAAACAAAUAACAUAAAAGAAGAAAAGGAACACACAAGGUACAAUUAGGCGGUCUUAUCGCUAUGAAGCGAUCUCUUCCAGACAACCUAUGGUGAAAGUUAAAGUUUUGAUUGAAAGACAAUUUUUACUCAAGAAGUUUUUCUACCAGCCAUUUUUAUAAUCCGGUGGUUGCUAAAUUAUUGCCCUUAUUUUGGAUUCUACUUAAAUUAAAUAAGAUUAAAAAUUAAUGAAAUAAACAAGUGAUUUUAACGAUAUUUUGAACGAAUGAAUCUCUAAAGAUGAGCCCAGUAAUUUGUAAUUGAAGUCUUAUUACAACAACGGCAAUAGGUAUGAAAUAAGAUCUGAUAAUAGAAUUAGUAGUAUUUAUUUU